AAAUUUUGAACUUAUCUUCUGUCAGAUCAAAUGGCUGUGGAUCCAUUAGUAUGGUAUGGAGAGUUAUCAGUAGAGUGGUGAUGAGAGGAUGAGGUACAGUAUAGGUCAGAAUGUGGUGGUCAAGGCAGGAAAGGCAUAUAGCGAUGGGUUGCGGAACCUGUGGGAGGCACAGGGGUUCUGUGACCUCCUGUUGAUCACUGAAGAUGGAUCCAUCUGCUGCCAUCGGCCCAUCCUUGAGCAUGCAUCUCCCUUCCUAUGCAACUUAUUGAGAAGUUGUCCACGUGGGGAAAUCUGUUCCAUCACGCUGCCGCACCUGAAGACUCAGAAUGUGCGAGCACUGAUGACACUCCUGUAUGGAGGUACCAUUCAACUGAAUUCCCUGGCUAAGGUGAUGCAGCUCCUUGGGGUUGCCCGGGAACUCGGAUGCAUGGCCCUUGCCGACUUCCUCGCCGAUGCCGUCGCUGCUUCGUUCCACCGAAGUCUCUCUCCUCAUGUCACCAGGGAGGAAGAAGCUGCAGGCAAUGAUGACAACAAUAUCGUCCCGGUUGUCAUGCUAGAAGAGGAGGGUGACAACCAACCAAUGGAAUCUGCCAUUCUUGCUAGACCACAAUCAGAGGAAACAUUAGCCGAAGAGCAAGUGCCUGGACAAUUUGAAGCGCGCAGUCAAGCUGAACCACACCUCAGUCUCGCGACCGGACAGGGUCAGAUUCGAAGGGGUCCUGGCCGCCCUCGAAUCUUCAAGCAGGGAUGUCGGCCCCGGCUUUCUUGCGGGACGUGCGGGUGCCAGUUUUCAUCGAGGAGUCACCUGCUCGUGCACCGGCGCCGAGUGCACAUGGAGCGGCUGAGGAAGUCCAAGAAGUGGAAAUGCCAGGAUUGCAGUAGCGUGUUCCCCAAUGUGGGCACCCUCGUGAUUCAUCAGAGGCGUUCCCACGGUAUCAAGGGGAACCGUGGACGGGAGCAGCGCCGGCCAGUGGAGUCGCCGCCGCCGUCCGCCAGCAGCGCUGAUCUCGGGAUGCAAUCGCCGCGGUCGUCUACCAGUAGUUCCGAUCUCGGGGUGCAACCGCUGCGGGCAUCCACUAGCAGUCCCGAACUAGGGGUGCAAGAACCGCGGUCGUCCACCGGCAGUGCUACCCUUGGGAUGCAAGCGCUGCGGGCAUCGAGGAGUCAUACAGCAUCGAAGCUCGAGGUGUUGAGGUCAUCCAUCGGUCGAACUGCCAUCAAGACGCAGACGUCGCGGAAUUCUACGAGUCAAGCUGCUCUGAAGAUGGAGUCGUCGAGGCCAUACGCCAGCCGCUUGUCGAAGAUCAAGGCAGAAUUGCAACAGGCACCGUAUAGUACGCCGAAGACGGGACCAUCUUCGACAUCGAAGCAGGCAGCAAAGGGGAACAGCCAGCAGGCUUUCUUUUGCACCAACUGCCAGACGGAGAUCACGGGUUACUAUGCCUAUAAACAUCACGUGUACGAUUGCAGCGGGGACGAGACGUCAGGUCAUCCGUGCCUCGACUGCCGGAAGUGGUUCUUGGACCGGAAGACUCUAAAAGCGCACCGUUCCACUGCGUGUCCGCGCACCCUUCUUCGGAAGGGGAAAGUGUCGGCCGAGGAGGUGGACUUGAUGAAAUGCACCCAUUGCAACAAGACCUUCUUCAAUGCGAGAGGGUGGUUCCUGCACAAGAUUCGAAUGUCCCACUUCCUCACGGAAGGAAGAGUUGCUGCACAGACAGGGUCAUCCCGACCGCCCCCCAAAUCGCCCCCGAAACCCGUCGGGAGGCCAAAGAUGACCGCACGCAAGAGUUCGGUGGGGCUCGCCUGUUCUUUUUGCCGCAAGAUGCAACAGUCGGACACCGUGAGGCGUCACCACGAGAAGAAUUGCAGUACCAAGUACGUUCUCUACGGACUGAUAUCGGAAGAGGAGUUCCGAUUGCUGACUUGCAACGAUUGCACAAAGAGCUUCGUCCGCUACCAGGAUCUGGUAGGGCACAAAUCUCACUAUCACCGGCUGCAAGAGAGAAUGGCGGAGGUAUUGUCCCUGCGUGCCGAGAUGGAGACCCCGCACGGGAUCGACCGGGUCGCCAUCCCGAACGGAGAGGACGUAGUGGACGUGGAAGACCCCCCGGUGGAGUACGUGAACGCGGAGGAGGACGGGGCCGAGGAGGCGACGAGUGGAGAGGACGACGGCGAGGAGGCAGCAGGGGAGGAGGAGGAGAGAGCCGCGGGGGAGCUGAGGCCGGCUACGCCCCAGCCGAGGAUCGUCGCGGUGUGUUCCCUGGCCAACGAGAGGUGCUUCGUCGAGGCAGCUGCUUUCAACGGUCUCGAGCAUCCUGCGCGGAACGAUGUUGGGGAUCCAGUGUCAUCCACUACCUUUUGA